CCCGGUUGGGUUGUGGCUAGCUAACAUUGGGGUCCCCAGCCUGACUCUCUUUGCCCUCCUAGGACCCUGGCCCAAUACCCACAAACAAGGAUUUCUCAGGUUGGGAUCUCUGUGAGGCAUCCAUUCAUUUCCAGGGUCUGGUCAUUAGUUAAUACCAGUGGGCUGCCUAAACUGAAACUGGCAGAAGGUGGCCAGGGGAGGGGUCUGGACACAGUGGAGAGAGUCAGGAGCCUGGGAUUCUUAUUUUGCUCCUGUUAAGAUUUUCCCUGUGACCUCCGGAAUUCCCUUCCUUCCCUGAGCCUGCUUCUUUAUCUAUAACAUGAGGGGAUUGAACUGGAUGCCUUAUGGCUUAGCACUGUGCUACGAAGAGGGAGAAGGAGGAAGGAAAAGGAGCGCAGAGCUGGUGACACCGACAGGCGAUCCUGGGAAGCCAGGUCCCUUCCCUGAGCCUCAGCAUCCUCAUCUGCAAAAUGGAAAUUGCUAAUAGACUAAAAGGCAGUUCUGAAAGAUGGAUGAGAAAGGAAUAUAAUGACUCAGGGUAGAGCCUGCAAAACAGUGUGGGAUGAGAAGAUGCAGGGACUGGUUUCAUAGAGAGAGCGGGGUUUUAGAAUUGGGGGAGGGUGCCAGGACUACAAACUGACUGCUUUGGGAGAUCCCAGAGGGGGCAUUCUGAAGUCCUGCCGAAGGGAUUCUGUGCCGUGAGGGGUGAGGGGUCGCUGGAGGCCAGACCAGGGCUCCCAGGAGUCCUGCAUUGAGAAGGGAGAGAGUGGACACAGGAAGGCUGCGCCUCUGUCCAGUCCUGAGGCUGGGCGCGCACACCAGGCCCUUCGAAAAGCUCACAUUUUUUCCAGCUUUUCUCACCCAGUAUCACUUCCUUUGUUAAGAGGAGGGGGUGGGGGAGGAGACGGAGGAUGAGGAGGGAGGGGCCCGCGGGUGCCGCCGCCGCCCCCGCCCCCUCCCGGUGUGCGGAGCCCGAUUGUCACUCGGCUCCCGCGCCGGGGGCGACAGAGCCGCCGGUGCCCGAGUCGAGUCCCAGCCAGCUACCAUCCCUCUGGACUUUACAGGCCGGCCUUGGCUUCCCCAGGAAUCCCUGGAGCGAAGGCGUCAAGGUGUGGGGGCACUUGAACAGAACAGCUCAGGUAGCCGGGAACUCUGCCAGCUUUGGUGACCUUGGGCCGGGCUGGGAGCUCUGCGGCGGGAGCCGGAGGACUAUGAGCUGCCGCGCGGUGUCCACAGCCCAGCCCAGCCCUACCGCGCGCGGCCCGGAGCUCUGUUGCCUGGAACUUUGGGCACUGCCUCUGGGACCCCUGCCGGCCAGCAGGCAGGAUGCCUUCCAGGCCGCCUACAUCGGCAUCGAGGUGCUCAUCGCCCUGGUCUCUGUGCCUGGGAACGUGCUGGUGAUCUGGGCGGUGAAGGUGAACCAGGCGCUGCGGGAUGCCACCUUCUGCUUCAUCGUGUCGCUGGCAGUGGCUGAUGUGGCUGUGGGUGCCCUGGUCAUCCCCCUCGCCAUCCUCAUCAACAUUGGGCCACAGACCUACUUCCACACCUGCCUCAUGGUUGCCUGUCCGGUCCUCAUCCUCACCCAGAGCUCCAUCCUAGCCCUGCUGGCAAUUGCCGUAGACCGCUACCUCCGGGUCAAGAUCCCUCUCCGAUACAAGAUGGUGGUGACCCCCCGGAGGGCGGCGGUGGCCAUCGCCGGCUGCUGGAUCCUCUCCUUGGUGGUGGGGCUGACCCCUAUGUUUGGCUGGAACAAUCUGAGCGCGGUGGAGCGGGCCUGGGCAGCCAACGGCAGCAUGGGGGAGCCCGUGAUCAAGUGCGAGUUCGAGAAAGUCAUCAGCAUGGAGUACAUGGUCUACUUCAACUUCUUUGUGUGGGUGCUGCCCCCGCUUCUCCUCAUGGUCCUCAUCUACCUGGAGGUCUUCUACCUAAUCCGCAAGCAGCUCAACAAGAAGGUAUCGGCCUCUUCUGGCGACCCGCAGAAGUACUAUGGGAAGGAGCUGAAGAUCGCCAAGUCGCUGGCCCUCAUCCUCUUCCUCUUUGCUCUCAGCUGGCUGCCUUUGCACAUCCUCAACUGCAUCACCCUCUUCUGCCCGUCCUGCCACAAGCCCAGCAUCCUCACCUACAUUGCCAUCUUCCUCACGCACGGCAACUCAGCCAUGAACCCUAUCGUCUACGCCUUCCGCAUCCAGAAGUUCCGCGUCACCUUCCUUAAGAUUUGGAAUGACCAUUUCCGCUGCCAGCCUGCACCCCCCAUUGACGAGGAUCUCCCAGAAGAGAGGCCUGAUGACUAGACCCCGCCUUCUGCUCCCACCAGCCCACAUCCAGUGGGGUCUCAGUCCAGUCCUCACUUGCUCACUGUCCCGGGGGUCUCCCUGAGCCUGCCCCAGCUGGGCUGUGGGCCAGGGGCACGGGGGAGGCUCUGAAGAGAUAACCGCAGGGUGUGGUCCCUCCACUAGGAGUUAACUACCCUAUACUUCGGGGCCCUGCAGGAGGCUUGGGAGGGCAAGGAUCCUACAGAGGGACCGGGUGUCCAGAGGCAAGGGUGUCCUGAGCCUCCACCUGCCUGACCAUCCCAUGAGCAGUCCAGCGCUUCAGGGCUGGGCAGGUCCUGGGGAGGCCAAGACUGCAGAGGAGCCACCUGGGCUGGGAGAAGGUGCUUGGGCUUCUGCAGUGAGGCAGGGGAGUCUGCUUGUCUUAGAUGUUGGUGGUGCAGCCCCAGGACCAAGCUUAAGGAGAGGAGAGCAUCUCCUCUGAGACGGAUGGAAGGAGAGAGGUCGAGGACGCACUGGCCUGGCUGUCUCUCCUGUUCUGUAGGAGAGGGUGGCCAGAGGCAGCUAAGGGGCAGGAAUCAAGGAGCCUCCAUUCCCAACUCUGAGGACUCUGGGCCCCAGGCCAUACCAGGUGCUAGGGUGCCUGCUCUCCUUGCCCUGGGUCAGCCCAGGAUUGUACGUGGGAGAGGCAGAAAGGGUAGGUUCAGAAAUCAUUUCUGAUAUUUGCUGGAGUGCUGGCUCCAUGCCCUGGGGAGUGAGCUUGGUGCGGUGGGUGCUGGCUUCAAACAGCCAUGAGGUGGCAGCUCUGAGCCCUCCUUCUUGCCCUGAGUUUUCCAGGGAGGAGCCUGGAGUGUAAUUACCUGUCAUCUGGGCCACCAGCUCCACUGGCCCGCCCGAUGCUGGGCCUGAACUGUCCUAGGUGACCCCAUCUCUGCUGCUUCUGGGCCUAAUGGAGAGGAGAACCCUAGACAUUCUGCCUGCCUGGGGACGGGGUGGACGAAGGAAAGGGUCUGUAAGGACUCAAUGUUGACUGUGGGUCCCCCUGGGGUGGGUUUAGCAGGCUGCAGCAGGCAGAGGAGAGCACCCCCCGAGAGUGUGUGGGAGAAGGCCUUGCUGUCAUGUGAAUCCCUCAAUACCCCUAGUAUUUGGCUGGGUGUUCAGGGACUUUGGAAGCUCUAUUGCAGGUGUCUGGGGGUCUAGGACUUUAGGGAUCUGGGGAAGGACCAACCCAUGCCCUGCCAAGCCUGGAGCCCCUGUGUUGGGGGGGGUGAGGCAGGGAGCCUGGAGCCCCGGUGGAGGGGAGGUUAGGCGGGGGAGCCUGGAGCCCCCGUGUAGGGGUGGGCGAGGCGGGGGAGGGGAGGUGGUCACUGAGUUGACCUUCUGAACAUGAGUGUCAACUCCAGGCCUUGCUUCCAGGCCCUUCCCUCUGUUGGAAAGGGGGUGUGCCCUGGCCCCCAAGGGAGGCCCAAGUGACUAAUAAAAAACUGUGAACCCUGUGGAGA